GUGGCUGCCUUUAUGCUGGUCUCUUCCCAGACAGCUGGAACCGGACCGCUGGACGAUGGCGUUGACGGUGCUGCUGCUGGUGGAGUUGGGUCUGUACGCCAGCUGUUUCGUCUGUGGGAUUGUCACCGCCGCAUCCAUCACCAUAGUCCAGGGUAAUUUUGGAGGUCGGUGUAUUCUAUAUGGACUUGUCGACUACAAUGCAACAAUGAGCCUCAUUGGCCUGCAGUCAUCCAGCUCCUCCUCUCUGUGCUAUUUUGUGUCGGCCAUAUCAGUCAUGGCAGCGGUGGUGUGUUUCUCGCUGUCUCUGUACUUGCUGUACUCUUUCUGCAUUGACGGGGAAAUCAAAAGGGGUCGCAUAUGGAUGAACCUGACCGUGGCAGUGUGUGGCGCCUUCCUGUUCUUCCUGCUCAUCACAGGGUGCAUGUUGAAGAUCGGACGCGACUCUCUCUGCAGCUCUGUCCUACAAGCCGUUUCCAACGUUACCAGAUGUGAGGAUGCCCAGACUAAAAAUUGGGUCAGUCCACUCAAAGGAGGAAGAUUCUACGACAAUCUACAUAAAGCCGAGACGGCAGUGUGGGUCAGUUUCUUCUUCUGGCUCAUCAUCGGGGUUCUGGUGAUCAUUCAGAGGCGUCAGAGUUUGGGGUCGAAGACGCCUGCAGGAGGGCUCUUCAGUGAUCCAGGGGUGACGGCUGCAGAGACGGAGCCAUUUUUCAACAAUCCGGCAAGGCCACAGUGAAGACUGGUGUCACAGACGUCUCACAAAAACACCAUACUUUUACACAGCAUGAUAAUUUGGGAGUAGAUGUAGAAAACGGGUAAAAACUUUUAACAUACAGUGCCUUGUAUUUCAGGUAUUCCAAUGAAUAAUCACAUAUCUCAUGAGAUAAUACAUGAAACAAACAAGUAAUUUGUGAUUAAGCCUUUUUUUUUUUUUACGAAACAUAGAAACAAAAAGUCUCGACGAGGAUGGGAUUCGAACCCACGCGUGCAGAGCACAAUGGAUUAGCAGUCCAUCGCCUUAACCACUCGGCCACCUCGUCAGGGUGACAGAGAGCCUUAAAACAAACAACCCUGCAGAGCUGCUUAGAGGCCACAGCAGACUGACCGGACAUAUACAUUUACCCUUUUCCCACAUUUACUUACAUACCAAAGCUGUUAUAGAAGUCUGACCACUGGAUCUUGCAGAAAUAUGUAUUUGUAAGUGUUUGUGAGAUUUUGUUUACAUAAUCAAACAAUUAUGGUUUUAUGAGUUUCUGUUCUGUGCCCGCCAGUUUUUAUUUCUGCAAGUUGUUGUUAUACUUUAUUUAUGAUGGAUUCUUUCCUUUCACAUUGAGGUCAAUUCUCACUUCUCUUCAUUUCAUCUUCAAAUGUGGGAUAGCUUAGUCCUGAUAUGUGAACAAUACUGCUGCUUAAAGAAACCUUUGCUACAGCUUGAAACAACAGGAACAUUAUGUUAAACUCAAACCAAAUGUUACAAAUAGUUCAAAUGGACCUUUACUUUUAGGUUUGAUAUAUGAGCUCCCACCCCAAUAUUUACAGCUAAUUUCACUCACAAUACUUAAUACAUUACUUCUGAACAUGUGUUAGUUUUGGGAUAUUAAACCAUAGGAAUUGAUGUACUUAAAAAGGCUUUAUUUAGAGAUAUCAAACACUUUUUCUGUAGUGGUGCUACUUGACACGCGUUGUGCUAUUUUUUAAACCAAUAAACCAAAGAGUUGCAACACAA